AUUCAUUGUGGCCCCUCUUAUCUGUCCACCAUCUUCAUUUCUCUCUUUAUAAAUUCCAUUCACAGACUCACACUUUCUCCUUUAUCAAAAUCCAGAAUUUUACAUUCAACAAUGAACUCCAAAACUAGCUUUCUCUUCGCUCUUCUGCUCAUCACUUCUUCACUUUGCAUGGCAACCCGACCCGGAUCAUCCGACCCGUUUUCAGCUCAACUCAAGCGCUCCAGUGGCAAGCCCACCAACAACAACAAAGGUGGUGGAAAUGAUGAUGGUGGGCUAGGUGGGAUAUUUGGGCCCGGAUCUGGGUUUAGCGUUCCCGGGUUUGGAAACGGGAUAAUAGGUGGCGGGUAUGGUGGUGGGUAUGGAGGUCCGAAUGGAGGGCACUCAAAGAAUGGUGUUAUUAGGCCAAGCACGGUGUGUAAAGAGAAGGGUCCAUGUUACAUGAAGAAGCUGACGUGUCCAUCAAAGUGUUUUACGUCGUACAGCCGGUCAGGGAAGGGGUACGGCGGCGGAGGCGGCGGCGGUGGGUGCACCAUGGAUUGUAAGAAGAAAUGUAUUGCUUAUUGUUAGGCAAAGAGAGGUGGCAUUGGUUUCGUGUAAUACUACUAGUAGCUUUACCAAUGCAUAUUAUGCACCACUUUUAUUAUAUUAUCUAUAUAUAUAUAUUAUAAGCUAUUAUGUGUAACCUAAGUUUGUGUUUUUUUUUUGGAGCUUUGUUAUGUAUAAUUGAAGCUAUCUAUUAGCUUUAUAAUAUAAUAUAGAGAUGAAUAAAAAUGAGAGAGCAUGUUUGAUGUA